GCGACACGUGCCGCCAUAUUUCCGUGACGCAGUGACAUUGGGUUCAGCCGCCGGGACUCUACCGACACACACCGGCUUUCACUGAUCACUUUCCUCCGCCUGCAGUGACACCGAACUGGUUCGGACCGUUUAUGACCUCCGAGUGGACCCUGCAGCGCAAAGCCUCGCGGAUGUCUCCAGUGCCGAGCGGGUCCGGGCUGUGCCAGCAGGCCCAGGAGCAGCUGGAGAACGCCAUCAGCGCCGUGCUGCGGGCCGAACAGCAGCUGAGGGACAACGCCAGAGAGGUUCGCUGUGAGCUGCAGAGCUGCGUGAGCCGCCAGCAAGAGGCGCUGCGCUGCAGGGAGGUUUGGCUACUGGAGCAGAUGGAGCUGUUGGAGCAGAUGAAGGCCGAGACGCUGCAGCAACAGCUGCACCAGCUGAACCGGCUCAGAGGUCAGUUUGAUGUGAUCUCCUACCAGCUGCAGAACUCCACCAACAGCAACGACCUGAACAACCAGCUGACCAGCUGCAUGGAGAGGUUGACCUCGCUGAGCCUCACCCCUGAGGAAACGCCUGAGCUUCGUUUCCAUGCCGACGCUCGCUCCCUGAGGCAGGCCAUCACCUCAUUUGGCAGCAUCAGCGCCCAGGUGGAGGAGGGCGUGUCCUGUCCUGGCCCCGCCCCUCAGGGACCUCCGUCGCAGACUUGUUUCCUCGCUGCCAGCAAACAGAGGACGGAGCAGGCGGCUCUAGGUGAUUGGCUGCUGGGAAGCCGCCCAUCCACCAGCAGCCCUCUUAUUGGUUACCAGUCCAGCAGGAACCCAGAGGACUGGCUGCUGAAGCACAAGGAGAACAAGACUUCCUGUCCUGUCCUGGCCUCCAUGGACUUCCUGAAGGCCUGGGGUCAGCUGAGGGACCUGGAGGCGUGGCUCCAGAAGGACCAGGACCAGGGCAGCAGGGAGCGGACCAGCAGCAGCUGCAGCUCCUCGUUCUCCAUCGAGAAGAUUGACGAGUCAGAGUUGGUCUCUUCUGAGGAGGAGGAGGAGGAGCUGAGCGACUGGCUGAUCACCCCGCCCACCGUCGCCAUGGAGAUGACUGAUGCAGAGCGCUGGCGCCGUGUGAUGAAGCCCUUCGAUGAGAGCUGGUCAUCCAGCGAGUGGCUGGUUGGCCGGGCGCCCGCCGACUGCUCCUCCUGCUGCCAGACCACAAAAGCCGUGGAGAUCGAGAACCUGGGCCAGCUCAAGUGCCUGAAAACUCCGCCCACUCCUGGCCCCGCCCCCGCCGCAGCCCUGGAGCUGUGGCUACAGCAGGUGGCGCCGGUCAGGCAGAGCUGCAAGGCCAAUGAGCCGUGUUCCUCCUAUGCUGACUGCGUCUGUGAGGAGAACUGUGGGAAGGAGGCGCUGAGCCGCUGGCUGCUUCAGCAGGAGGGGCGGGACAAAAACGGCGUGGUCGUCAGCAAGAAUGCCCCGCCCACUCCCUUCCACCGGGAGCAGGAGCAGAAGGUUCAGGCCAUCCUGGAGGCCUGGCUCCAUCCAAGCAAAGGAGGUGCUGAGCAGGAGGAGCAGCUGAGGAGGAGGCACAGCGCCCAGAUCCAGACCCCGUUCCAGAACCCCCUCAACCCGGACCUCUGGGUGCUUCCUGACAAGAAGCUGGGCUCAGCAGGUCCGGUCCGACCGUCAGAGGAAGAGGAAGGUGACAAGUGGCUCCUGAAGAAGAGGAAUCAGGCCCAGGAACGUCUGGUUCUGCCUGCUGUCUGUGAGCUGUUCUCCUGCAUGAAGGUGACUGGAGACAAGAACCAGUGGCUGCAUGGGUCCGCAGUCCAGAUGUGAUGUGUGGCGUUGAGGAGGCCGUUUCUUCUUCUCUCUCUUCUGAAGUCACUUUAUUGCUGAUGACCGCACACAGCAGCAUUGAUCAAAUAAUCGCCUUCUGCCUGUGACAUCACCACCCUGAGGCUCCACCCACUGACCAGGAUCCAGACAUGAUCAUCAGGAUGGGAUGUAGCAGAACUUUGUCACUUUAUGCUCAUGUUGAUCAGGAAAUGCCCCCAUCACUCAGUGUAUGUUUCCAGCCAAUAGGAAGGGGCGGCUCAGAGGGGGUGUGGUUUAUCAAAGUGGGGGGGG